CUCCUAUCAUUUUGGGAUUUUUACACUUAUUAUAGCAUAAUUGCAUGAUUAAAUGUAUCGACUUGGUAUGACACAUAUAAUGUCCCCAAAUUAUAUACUUUUUUUGUAUGACUCUACGCAUUUAUGAAACAACAUUCUUCAAACCGUGCAUCGCACGGGUGAAGUUACUAGUUUUGUAUAAUUCAAAAACAUCCAUAAUUCAUUCUAAUGUUAUUAAUUCAAUAUGAGUUAAAUGAUCUCAAUUUAAUGUACCAAUGUUCUAAAAAAACUCAUACUCCGUGUUUCAGAACAACGGUUAAAAUAAAGAACCCAACAAAACCAUGGCGUGGAACUGUUCUCAGAAAAAGGCCAUUAAUUCUCCACUUUAGACGAACCGCCGAGCAAGUAUCCGAUGAUCCUAUUAUUCAAGUCGAAGGUAAAAAAGAACCACAUCCCCUCUUCCAUUUAACGAAGCGAUCAAAGCUCUCAUCUUUGCAAUCAUGGAGGAAACAGAGACUCAUAAAGCUAUGCUCACAACAGAAAAAUGGAAGAAAGAACAAAUCUUCAACUCAAACAAAGUGCCAGCAUCCAUCUUUCAGUGUGGUUAAAGCAAAUGAAUCAUCAUUGAACACCAGCCCCACAAACUAUAUUGACACAUUCUCAGAAUUGGUUGAAUCCCUUAAUUUCAGAGCCUAGAGAUUCUACGUUUCAAACAUUAUUGGCAUUAUUAUAAUCAAAUCAGAAGACAAUGAACCAGAAAUUGAACACAUUUGCAUCACUUCAUUGCCUAGUUCCAAUCCAACACAGUCCCUUCCUAUUUCCUAUGGGCAUCCCAAAGCCAAGCCAGGUUAUUAAUCAAAACAUACAUCCAGUCCUGGGCUUGCUUUAGUUUCAGAAUUGGUCUCUCUGCUAAAGGUACAUCAAAAUAUAUAAUUCCUCUAGAAACUUCUUAAAAGAGAAACUAAUUGAGAAAUAAAAAACAGAGUAUUUCGCAUUCUAAACUUCUAUUUUGUAUGCACAAAAUAAACAUAUAAUUUCGAAUGCAAUGAAUGAAUAAUAGUAGAAACUUUGAAUGAAGCCAUCAGACACCAAUGAUUCUCCACAUAAGCUUAAAGCUAAUAAUACGGUCCGCAUCAUGGUUCGAUCUAAGAGAUCGCAUCACGCAGCUUGUCAAUUUCAGCUAAAACUAAAGCAAAAAAGGCAGAAUAAAAUCAACAAAAGAAGAGCUCAGGGAAUAGAAUGGGUAUGAGACAAUUAUCAUCACUCUCUCCGAAGGAGGUCAGAGUGGUGCAUGACAAUCUCUGUAUUUCAUCAUCGCUCUUCUUCGUCCAGUGAAUAUUCAUUAAUAAUUACUACGUAAUAAUCAAACCUAAUUUAAAAAAAAAAAACGAAAAAUAGGGGGAAAUGGAUAAUAAAUAACGCUCAGAGAUAAUUUCCGCUAUGAUGAUGAGGAAUAGGUGAAUGCUCAGAGAAGACUGCGCAUGAUAUAUAAGAGCGGAAAUUAGGUUUCACCCAAACCCUAAUCUUUGUGGAAAUUUGAAUAGAUACAGGCCCGGGUUGAACAAAGGGGCAAUACAGAUCCUGGUCUUCUGGCCCGGUUGGUUCAUUUAAAUUCAACCCGACAGGGUGUAGAUGUAGAAUGAGUAACAAUCCCGUCAGGUCGGCCUGAAACCGCCGUCCGGCCGAG